CCAGUUAUUCGCUGGCAGUCGGUUGGCGACAACGUUUACGGGAAAGAAAAUUUUUCGAGUGUAACAUGAUCGGAAAAAUUGCGGUACUAAUUGUUUUGAUAAGUGCUACAGUGUCAGCUGCUUCGCAGAAUGAAACGGAAAUGAUUGUGCGUAAGGAACCUUGUACGAAACUAGAAUAUUACGAUAGAUUCAGGAGAAGAUGUCAAAAUUUUCCUGGCGGAGGGUACUUUGUCAUUGCGGAUCACUCUGCCAAAUGCGUCAGCGACGACCAAGGUCUGCACAAAUUCGAUCGCAACGAUUUCUACUACGUGUGUCAUCCGGAUGGUGUCAUGAUAGGAAUGUGUCCCUCGGAUAUGGUAUUCGACGAAACUGAAGGAAAGUGUGUCGAAAGAAAGGGUACUCCACCCAGUACCGUCAGGGUUUAUGACGAGUCGGAAAACUGCGAUGUUGUUAUCCCCAACUGCAAUCAAGCCGGUGUAUUUGCCGUUCCUUCGAAUUGCUCAUUCUACUACGAUUGCCAGGAGUAUCGACAUGGCUAUCAACAGUUUGUCUAUCGGUGCCCGUACCACACGAUGUACCAUCCGGAUUUACAUCGGUGUACCACCAUGACUAGGUGCUAUCCCAUCCCGUACGAGAUCUUCGACCGAUUCAGUGGCGAAUAUUUCCCUCGAUGUGUUGUACGUGGUCAGUUCCGAACUUCAAACGAUUGCAGUCUAUACUACCGAUGUAUUCCUAACAUGGAUGGAUCGUAUUUUCAAAUUCGAUAUGAAUGUCCUCCUUCGAUGCAAUAUAGCGAGGAAAGCGAGCGCUGCAUACCGAAACAUUCGGAUGAAUGUCUCUAUUUACCGCUAGAUAAGAUAAUCUCAAACUACUUAGCAAAACAUAAUCUGUCAGAUGGUGAAUGCUUUCCGCAACUGACAACUGCUGUUAGUACUAUAAAUACUACGAUAAUAGCACACGGUCAUUGUUCCCGUACUACUUUGAUGUCAGGUUCAGAAUGCUCACUUACAACUACAAAACUAGAACGUACGACCAAAACACUACCAAUCAGAACCACUCCAACUUCAAGAACCCGUAAAUCCACUUUAAUGACCACGCCUAAAACUACUACCCAUGAUACUACCCAUACUAUUCGUGUAACACAACCUGUCACUCAACCAUCGACUAGCUUAAGCACCGAGUUGACUGACAGCAGUGAAGAAACUACCACUGAUGAAGACAUCACCGAAACCGAGCCACCUAUUAUGUCUACUGAGAUUUCAAUUCCAACGUCUACCAGUUUGCCCAAUACAAACAUAUUAACUGCCAAUACUAACACCACAGUUCAGCCUAACACUAUCACUGACGAUGAAGGGACAACUCCCCAUGAAGACGAAACUGAAACUGACGAAGCAAGAGCAUCAUCCGAGGAAGAAAAUGCAACCGCAGUAACUGACGCAACCGAUAAAUCCGGCGAAUUUUUCACUUGGGAUGAAGGAUUUGAAAGACGUGCAAAACUGUUUACAACGACCACCAGCUCUACCACUACCACUACCGUUACCCCGACCACUACUGUCCACACUUCCGGCACAACACCGUGUAUCCAGUUCGGCUCAAACGAAUCCGAAUUCCCCGAUUCGGACUACUGGGACAAAAGCCUGUCCCGAGAAUCGUGGGAAUCCGCAACUGAAUCAACGGAAGAUUCGAACAGUAGCAGCAAAUGCAAAAAGGUGUACUGCCUUAACAGCAAAUCCGGUGGACUGAGCUGUGAUGACGUAACCGGAACUCAACGGGGACGGAUGAUGAUUCCGGGUUACAUCAUACGCUAUCGGCAGCGCUCCAAUGCGGACAUCAAACGCGAUCCACAGCUGGAUGCUGGAAUCGAACUCCGAUUGCGUUUUCCGAACUCGUACCGCAUCGAGGCGAUCGCCCGGAAGGAUCUUCAUCAGGCGAAGUAAUAGGUGUUAUAUGGUUGAUUUUGCGUUUGUUAUUGUUUGUCGUUCUUGAAAUAAAAUAAGUU